AUGGCGGACGGCGGCCCCGUGUGCGGCUUCGUGUUCAAGAAGCGCGGCCCGGUGGCGGGACGGGGUCGUCGCAAACGGCCGAGCAGCGACCGGGAGAGCGGCCGGGCGGGUCCCGCCCGUGUCCGGCCGGCCCCGGCGGCUUCGGGCCCCGCUGACGGCCGCCUCUUGCCCGCAGAGAGCAGCGGCGAGGAGGGCAGCACGGUGGUGCGGAAGGAGCGGCGGCGCGAGGUCCCCAACCCCAUGAUCCAGAAGACUCGCAGGAGCACCAAGGAGAGGCCCACGUACGCGCCGAGCAGCAGCGAUGAGGACGAUCCCUCCAAGGAGAUUGGCAUCACGUACAAGUCGACAAGGUCGGCGAAACCUGUUGGCCCAGAAGACAUGGGGGCCACAGCAGUAUAUGAGCUGGACACAGAGAAGGAGAAAGAUGCCCAGGCGAUCUUCGAGCGCAGCCAGAAAAUCCAGGAGGAACUGAGAGGGAAGGAGGACGAUAAAAUUUACCGUGGUAUUAACAACUACCAGAAGUAUGUGAAACCCAAGGACACAUCGAUGGGAAAUGCCUCUUCAGGAAUGGUCAGAAAAGGACCCAUUCGGGCUCCGGAGCACUUGCGGGCCACGGUGCGAUGGGACUACCAGCCCGACAUCUGCAAGGACUACAAGGAAACUGGGUUUUGUGGCUUUGGAGACAGCUGCAAAUUCCUCCACGAUCGCUCAGACUACAAACACGGCUGGCAGAUCGAACGGGAAUUGGAUGAAGGCCGAUAUGGAGUCAAUGAUGAGGAAAACUAUGAGGUGAGCAGUGAUGAGGAAGACAUGCCCUUCAAAUGCUUCAUCUGCAGAAGUUCCUUCAAGAACCCUGUGGUCACUAAGUGUAGGCACUACUUCUGUGAGACCUGUGCCCUCCAGCACUACCGCAAAUCCCAGCGCUGCUAYGUGUGUGACAAGCAAACCAAUGGUGUCUUCAACCCAGCGAAAGAGCUUAUGGCAAAACUGGAGAAACACAAGGCAGAGGAGGAGUCAGAUCAUUCAGACCACACAGAUAAUCCAUAACAGCAAAGCACCGUUUUGUAUCUAUAUGAAUAAAGUUUAAUGGGGGGGGGGAAAAAAAAAAGUACGUACUGCUUGCAGCAGUUGCCUUGGGCUUAGCAGCCCUAGUCAGUGCUUGUUUGUAYAGACAGCAGCUCCUAAGACCGUCCUGCCUGAAACUUGACCCUUUGCUUGCUGCUCCACGCAGGCACGAGACUGAACGGGUGAGUCAGACUUCGAGUCGUGUCUGAGUACAGCCGUGCUGCCAUGGGGACCCAAGCAGUUUUCUGCAUGAGUGUACGUGGAGUAGUGAAGACUUGUUUCAGUUAGUCCCUUCACAGCUUUUUUUUUCCCCUGCCCCUUGACCAAGGUGCUGCCCUUCACUCCUGGCUUUGGACUUUCCCUGCUCGUUUCCAGCUGUUAGCUAUGGAAGCAUAAAGCUGCCUUUAGUAAAUGGUGUCAUUUCUGGCCUGUAACUUAAACACAUCAUAUUUAAGCCUGCCAUGAGCUACAAGCAUGGGAAUGGAAGAAAAAACAUGAGCUUGCAUGAAGUUCUUUCUUCAACAUCAAAAUACUCCUUAGAGUACCCUGUACUUCCGCAGCUAUUUUAUACAGCUUAAACAAGUGUAUUUCCUCCUUUCUAUUUUUUACCUACAUCAUUGUUUAUAAGAGGAUUCAGGAGUGAAGUCCAGUAGGUUUUCAGUGGAUCAUACUACUCUGGUGUCCUCCUUCCCAUGUGAGGACCCCUCUCCCCCUGUCACCAGCUCAACCCUGACUUGCCUCUUGAGAGCAGUGCUGUGAUUCAGUGAAAGUCUUUGCUUUCAGGGAUCAGGGAGCCAGUUCCUGUCCAAGCUUGUGGGAAAAUGAGAUGUAGAUUUUGAUGGGAUGCAAACUUUAAUAAUUUACAGCCUUUAAAAAGGAGUUAGGAAAUAAAGAUGUAUUUGCUAUAAUUAAAUCAGGAGUGAUUAAAGCAAAAGCCCAGAGAAAUGCCAAGUAAGGCAGAGAAAAUGGACUUAGGGAAAACUGUGGGCAACGCUAUAUAAAACCAGUUACCUUUGUUAUAUUCAUUGUAUUCUGAGGUCAUGUAGCCUUGCCAGCUGAGGUGCAAGGAGCAGCCUUUUAAUCAGAAGAGAGUAAGCUUGCCUAACUUGCUUUAACAUCUGUAUUAUUACUGUCAUCUACUCCAUCAGUGUGUAGGAAUAGCAGACUUUAAAAAAAAAAACUUCAGAAAUAUUUUAUUCGGUUUGGCAAAAAACUAGAGUAACAAACUUUAUCUGGGUUCAAGUACAGUUUAUAAACACAAGAAGGACCUGUUGCCAGCACCGCUACUCCCUUCAACCCCACAUACAGGACUGGAUUCUCAGUGCUUCCUGAAAGAGUAGAAAGAUCUCCAGCACCCAUGGUCCUUGGAAAGGGCAAACUAAAAAAACCUUGAACAAACCUCCAAAAGCAGACUCUGGAAUGAGGGAGAGCUGCUGCAGCAGCAGGGCAGAGUCACACAAACAUGAAUCAAGGGAAACCCAGUGAGAGGCAAGCAGAGGACUUGCAGUCUGCCCUUCGGUCAGGAAAGGUGAAACAGCAAGACUUAGGAAAAAAAAAACUGCACAGAAUGUCCAAAAAGCAGUUGAUAGAAGAGGAUUUAGUGUAAAAGUCAGCCUCCUUUUCAUCUCUGCCAAGGUAGGUCACUGAGAACAAGCUGGUAUGAGUGUUUUGGUGCUGUGAAAUGAGCCCAGCUAGCAGGAUGCUGAACUAGACAGGAGCUGUGGGUGAGGAAAAGCUGGUGCAUUGCACAGAAUUAUUCCCUUUGGCGAGGAGGAGAGGCUGGAAUGCCCUGUCUCACCUGGAUUUCAGUGUGUUCAGCCUCAAGGAUGAAGAGUCACCAAAAGCUUUCUAGAACUGAAAGGGAAGAAUCCAGUGCUCCAGAGGAAUGUCCAAUGCAGUGAACGUGCCCACUACAGAACUGGGUAUUCUUCAACCUCCCAUCCCAAAGUCUUGAUGACAUUUCACAAUAUAUUCCCCUCCCCAACCUCAGCCACUUCCCUGGGACAACACCGG